UCCCCUUGUCAUGAGAGCGACCAGAGUGAGAUCGUCCUUCCCCACUCUGUUGCUUCUUUCGUUCAUUUCGGCGCUACCUUUUUUCUCGCUUCUUCACUCCACUCCACUCUUUCACCCUUGUCACCUCUCUGCAACAGCUUGGCAAGUCCAUACUGAAUCAUUAUACCAUAAAAACCUAUGUUUCUCUUCAUAGUGUUAUGUAUUUAGAUUUUUUUGUCCAGCUGCUGUUUUUUUCUUCUUCUUCUUCUUUGAGGUCUAAGAUCUCAGCAAUGUGUGUCUGACUUGCCCUUUUAACGACACUUCCAGAUGUGUGAGUGACUGGAGUGUGAAGACUGAAAUCUCCCUCUGCUGGCGCUGACCUUGCUCUUUGCUGCCCUGCUUCUGGGUCGGUCCUAAACGAGCGUGUGAUUUAGAGGCUCGCUGCCUGCGAGCCAUGCUACAGCUCUCCUGAUAGGCUGUCAAGUGCAGUUCCAAAGUGUCCCCAAGUGUGUGUGGGGAUUGACUGACCGUCCGAUGGACUGCCUGCCUGCCUGUCUGGUGGAGAGUGAAUCACAGCGCACACACCCACAGCCACACACGCAAGCAAGCAAGAGAGUGAGCAGCUGAAAAGUGGCAUUGGCUUGUUUACUGAACAAAACCUCCCCCCCUACCCACCCCUCCUGUUUUUUUGGGACGUUUUUGCUGCCGAGCUGCAUCUGGUCCACUGGGCUGUCUGUCCGUCUCAGUCGUGGGAAAGACUGAAAUUACAUCGCUCUCAUGGUGGACUAUUUUGAGCUUCCAGAGCGAGUGGCAGAGGGCAGGCGGGCCGGCAGGUUCUAGAGCUUUGUUAGAGCAGGAGUCCCCUCGGCUCACGAAACACGUCUCAAGCUGACCACGUCCAGCCAGCGCCACGCCAGCAGGAGAGGAGAGGAGAGAGAGAGACACACACACAGAGAAAAACAGAGACAGAGACAGUGAGCAACAACUAUGCUGUGUACCACUUCACCAGACCUGGAGCCUGAUGACAACACGUCGUUCUACAUCCUGAACGUGGGCCAGCAGCCGUCUGUGGUGAACCAGUCCAUCGGCAUCCCCCGACACCCUCACGCCCACCCCCACAGCCACCCCCACGCCCACAGCCAUGGCAUGCAGUCGCACUCCCAGGUCAUCUCCUCCUCGCCCCGCCUCCAGCCACUCAAGACCUUUGACCCCAGCUAUGAGACACAGCUGCACGACUCCAACAAAUGUAUCCCUGGUGGAGGAGGAGGAGGAGGUGGAGGUGGACCCCCACCCCCUAAGGCGUUCGAGUGCCCGAGCAUCCAGAUAACCUCCAUCUCUCCCAGCUGCCAACAGGAGAUGGACGCUAACGACGACGACAAGUCCGACCGGGACUACCACCACCAGGACCGUCCCAUGUCGCGCGACCACCUGUACCUGCCCCUGGACCACUCGUACCGGGACUCCUCGCUCAGCCCCAGCCCUUGCAGCAGCCUGUCGUCGCGCAGCUGGUUCUCGGACGCCGCCUCGUCCUGCGAGUCCUUCUCGCACGUCUACGACGACGUGGACUCGGAGCUGAACGAGGCGGCGGCGCGUUUCACGCUGGGCUCGCCGCUCACCUCGCCCGGCUGCUCGCCACAGGCCACGCUGGAGGAGCCCUGGCAGCACCACCACCCGGCCUUCGCUGGCCACUCGCCCCUCGCCCACGCCCACUCGCUCUCGCACUCGCUCUCGCCGCGCCAGUCGCCCUGCCACUCGCCACUCACCAGCGUCACCGACGAGAACUGGCUGAGCCCGCGCCCACCCUCCCGGCCCUCCUCGCGGCCCACCUCCCCCUGCGGCAAGAGGCGCCACUCCAGCGCCGACAUCUGCUACCCGGGCUCCGUGUCGCCGCACCACUCGCCCACCCCCACGCCGGGACCCUCGCCCCGGGGCAGCGUGACGGAGGACACCUGGAUCGGCAGCCCCUCGCUGGGGGUGUCUCCCUUCCAGUGCUGCCCCUCCGAGGCAGACAUCCCCUCCAAGACCCGGAAGACGUCGCAGGACCGCACGCAGCCGGGCAAAGGGGACAUGGGUCUGGACGAUUCCGGAAACGUGUCCCCGUUGCUGGACUCGCCUGCCGAGGAGGUGCUGCACGGCCUGAAGAAGGACGGAGCAGGAGAGCAGUUCCUCUCCGUGCCAUCGCACUUCACCUGGAACAAGCCCAAGCCGGGCCACACGCCCAUUUUCAGAACGCAGUCACUGCCCCCUCUGGACUGGCCGCUGCCCCACCAGUUUGGCCAGUGCGAGCUGAAGAUCGAGGUGCACCCCAAGGCCCACCACCGGGCCCACUACGAGACCGAAGGCAGCAGAGGGGCCGUCAAGGCAGCGUCCGGGGGACAUCCUGUAGUCAAGCUCCUGGGCUACAGUGAGAAGCCCGUGAACCUGCAGAUGUUCAUCGGGACGGCGGACGACCGUUACCUGAGGCCGCACGCCUUCUACCAGGUGCACCGCAUCACGGGCAAAACGGUGGCCACGGCCAGCCAGGAAAUCAUCAUCUCCAGCACCAAGGUUCUCGAAAUACCUCUCCUGCCCGAAAACAACAUGUCUGCCAGUAUUGACUGUGCGGGGAUCCUGAAACUGAGGAACUCGGACAUCGAACUGAGGAAAGGCGAGACAGACAUCGGACGGAAGAACACGCGGGUGCGGGUGGUGUUCCGAGUUCACAUCCCGCAGCCCAAUGGGAAAGUGUUGUCCCUGCAAGCAGCCUCCAUCCCCAUAGAGUGCUCCCAGCGUUCGGCCCAGGAGCUGCCCCAGGUGGAGAAGUGCAGCCUGUCCAGCUGCGUCGUCAGCGGGGGGGACGAGAUGCUCAUCAGCGGCUCCAACUUCUUCCCCGAGUCCAAGGUCAUCUUCCUGGAAAAGGGCCCCGAUGGACGACCCCAGUGGGAAGUGGAGGCGAAAAUUGUCCGGGAGAAGAGUCAGGGGUCGAGCCUGGUGGUGGAGGUGCCCCCUUACCAUAGCAAGACGGUGACCUCGGCUGCCCAGGUGCAGUUCUACGUCUGCAACGGCAAGAGGAAAAGGAGCCAAUCCCAGCGCUUCACUUACCUGUCAGUGCUGGUGAAGCAGGAGCACAGAGAGGAGCUGGAGUCCCCGGGGGUGGGGGUGGGGGUGGGCACCAUGCCCCUGUCCCUGUCCCACGGCGGCCCCGGCAGCGGCAUCCCUGGACCCGGCGGCGGUGGCGGCGGUGGUGUCGGUGGUGGCCUGGUACGGACCCAGAUGCCCUCCCCCGAGCCGGGACACCACCCGCAGGACGGCCUUCUGUCCAGCUCCCCGCGCGGCCUGGCCCCGGGCCCCGUCCACAGCCCUGGCCUACACCCCCUGCAGCCCCCCUGCGGGCCCCCCAUGGGCUCCCCCACCUUCCCCCACCUGCCUCACCUGCAGGGCCACGGUCUGCCGCACGCGGGGCCCGACUGUCAGAUGGCCUUCCACGCGGGGCCCCAUCCUCACCCGCAUCACCAUCCCCAUGUUCCUCCUCCGCCUCCACACCCCUCCUCUAGGGUCGCCUACCCUCCUAUGCAGCAGCAGCAGCACCAGCAGCACAUGGCCCACAGCCUGCCCUUUAACGGACAGCACAGUCUUCCCACCGGCGCCCUCGCCGGAUCCCCACAGGCCUUCGAGCGGAUGCCCUACCACACCGACCCGACGGCCGCCUGCCACUCUCAGCCCCACCCCCACGCUGCGCUGGGCAUGGGUAUGGGCAUGGUGUACCACUCCUCUCCCCCCGCCACCACGGGCCCCAACACCUCCAGUUCGCUACCCAUCGCUGCUCCCGGUGCGCCCACAGGUCAGCAGCCCAUGGCCCACUCCUCCUCCCCGCACCUGCACUCGCUGGGCUACCACCACUGCCCCCCCAACCCUGCCCAGUUGCCAUCGCCCACCCACUCCAGCCUGCCGCUGGGCCAGCCGGCGCCCCAGAUGCAGAGGCCCAUGGGGGGGUACCACCCCGCAGGCCAGCGCUCGGCCUCUUGCCCCACACCCGGCUCCAGCACCCCCCAGCAGCAGCAGCAGCAGCCCCAGCAGCAGCAGCAGCAGCAGCAGCGUAUGAUCCCCUCGCCUCACUCCGGGCCCUCGUCCCCGCAGCUCCACUCGCUGCCAGGCUACCAGGCGGCGCCCACCUCGCCCUCCCCGACGGGUAGCCCCCUGGGCGGCCCGCUGUCCCACUCCUCCAGCCAGCCCUCUCCCCAGGCCAGCAGCCCCGUGCCGGGCUCCGUCUCGCCCCUGUUGCACCCCUUGGCCGCCGCGCCGCAGGCCCCCUUCCCCACCGCGGAGGGCGAGCAGGUCAACAUCAAGCAGGAGCCCGAGGAUCGCGAGCUCACCUUCAGGUCCAUGGGGCUCCAGGACAUCACGCUGGACGACGUGAAUGAGAUCAUCGGCAGGGACAUGUCCCAAGCUCCAGGAGCCCACCACGCCUCCACCUCCGCACCUCACAGCCAGUCCUAGCACCACGAAGCAGCAGCCGCAGCAACAGCCACAGCCACAGUCCUCAGACAUUCUCCCAUACAUCCCUCUGUCCUUGCAUCUCACAUUAGCAGCAGCAACAGUAACAGGCCGCAGAAGCUGCCCCCCAAACACCCCCCAGUCGAAGCAGCAUUCGUCCAGCCCUACCCCGCAGAGCCUGGGCUCUGGUCCACCUCCGCACCACAGCACACAGCCAGUCCUAGCGCCACGCCGCAACAGAAGCAGCAGCAGCAACAGCAACUGUCCUCAGCAGUUCUCCCAUACAUCCUUCUGUCUUAGCAUCUCGCAACAGCAGCAGCAGUAACAGGCCACAGAAUCUCCCUCAAACACCCGCCUCAGUCUCAUCGGUUAAGCAACAGCAGCAGCAACAGCAACAGUAUGCCCCUCUAUCCUUUCAUGUCACAGCCGCAGCAACAGCAGCAGUCCUUAGAAGUUCUCCUGUAUACCCCUAGUGCCUCACAGCAGCAGCAGCAGCAGUAACAGCAGCCGUAACGGGCCCCAGACCAAGGCCCCAAACACCCCUCUGUCCCACCAGUUGGCAACAGCAUCUGACCUUUGGCACCUGAACUUUGCUCCACCACCACUCCAACUUUCAGCCUAAGCAGCCCAAGCAGCGAGCCACAACUUCAGCAUGGAGCUCCAUACGCACCCACGAGCGCCAAAGCAGCAGCGAUGCCAGCCAGGGUUUGUCUACCAAGGCCGACCCACCACUCACCCCCCGCAGCAACUACAGCAGCAGCAGCAGCACCAGGGUUAGUCUAAGGUUGCACGACACCCUGCCCUUUAACCCCUUCCCUAGUAGUGGCACACCCUGCAUCCCCGGCAGCAGUUAUGGCAGCAGCAAGCAAUAGGGUUGGUCUCAGCACGGAAACCCUCCGACCCUCAUCCCCAGUAGUGGCAGAACUGAAGCAGCACCUGAGUAGACAUAUUCUGCCUUCCUCCUCACCAUCAUCAUCAUCCUCAUCUUCACCAACAGCAGCAGCAGCAGCAGCAGCAAGUCUAAGCUUGGAAACCCACUUCAUGAUUGGCCCUUGAUCCCCAGUAGCUAAGGCAGCAGCACGAGUGACACGCCCUUUAUCUCAUUAGCAGCAGAAGCACCUGAGCAGCCAGUGUUGCCAGAUUGGGCGGUUUCCCGCUGUUUAGGAUGGCCGUCUGCAGGUAAAAAUGGCAUUUAGCAGAAAGAAAAAACGCCCAAUUUUUGGCCAUAGAAAUCAAUAGAAUGGGCGGGAUUCAGCGCUUCCAGGUGGGCUUUGAGCAUUUUUUGGGCUUGAAAUCAUCAACCUCAUCUGGCAACCCUGUGAGCAGCCUGAGCAUACUCUGCCUCUCCUCCUCUUCAUCACUAUCAGCAGCAGCAGCAACAGCAGGUCUCGGCCUGGAGAGCCACUUCACGUUGCACCCUUGAUUCCCCAGACUGUAAAUCAUUGCAGCCAGUUAAACGUUAAAAAAAGUAAGUUGCCCUGCUGCCUUAAGUUUGUAAGUUUCGUAACUCAACUUGAGAAAGUCUUGAGUUGAGUUAAGCUUUGAGUUGAGUUAACUGAACAAACUUAAGGCAGCAGGGCAACUUACCUUUUACAUUGAACUGGCUUGCACUGUUUUACAGUGCAGUAGCAGUUAGAGCCACAGUACCUGAGCAGCAGCACUCUGACCUCCUCAUCACCAUCAGCAGCAGCAGCACCAUCAGCAGCAAAAACGGCUUCAUGAUUGCAGGUCUUUUUUCACACACCUCACCUGUCUACCAUUCACCAGGAACAGGAGACACCGAGGCCACACACACACACACACACACACACACACACACACACACACACACACACACACACACACACACACACACACACACACACACACACACACACACACACACACCAACACACACACCAACACACACACACACACACACACACACACACACACACACACACACACACACACACACACACACACAUGUCCGACAACCAUCAUGACACAGAAAUAAAUGUAAUCUAUGUGCAUUGCGUACAUGCAUUCACAUGAUAAUACUCAUGCACAUGUAGACAUAUUUUCAUACCUUGGAUGAGGGAUUUUAGCAAUGGUGUAUUGGUGGUCCCGCUGCCACCUACUGUGCAGUUUCGGAAGCAGCAGCUAAGUCAGUGCAGCUGAGGAAAGCGAUGCAGUGGCCCAGUACACCUGAUCACAUUCAACACACCAAUGCAGCAACAGGAGGCCAUGCCUCAACUCUCUGUGUGUGCUAACCAUGAAAGCCAGUAGCUGUGAAGAGCCUUGUUUAUUCAGCAUCCAGAAUACAGCGUUAGCCUGCUCACCCUCGGUUUCUGAUGACCCCCUAGGGGUCUUGGAACAUCCUGAAGUGACUUAGAAAUUCUGAAGUGAUUUCAAAAGAAGGGUGUAGCACAUUUAUGAUCAAGGUGGCACAUAGACGUACACACAUUGGCCGCGUUCUUGAUGGCGCAUUGCUGCUUUUUCUAACCAGAAUGCUUUGAAAUGGCAAAGUGUGCAUCUGCGCUUCACAGCCAAAUCAGCAAUGCACCGUCACGAACGUGGCCUUUAACACAGAGCUAUGCCCGUCCAACCAGACCAGCAAUCCCCCUUAUCCUCCCAUUUGUCUUCUCCGGUACAGUUUUCGCAUUAGAUAUGCAUCCGGUGCCCUCGUGGGUUUGGGCAGUAUGCAACAUUCCACACUUCUUAGUGACCUUUUGGCGUUGUAGAUAGUCUGUUUUAUUGUACUCCACUCCCGCCUCCUAUAUACCCAUCUCCCCACUUCUCCUUCAGGUUAAACUAAUGCCUUACUCGAGUCUAGCAGCUUUGAAUGACGAGAAAAAAAUGCUUUGAAGUAUAAAACAAAACAAAAAAGACUUUCGUUCUUGCACAGUUGACCUUUGUGCUGAUGCUGUGGUUGAAGCCUAAACAAUCAUAUUAUUUUAGCAUUAGUGUAGUGUUAGGUAGAUAGAUAGCAGUAGCAGUUGCAAUUUUUUUUUGAUUGCUAUAGCGUGUUGGUCAAGUGUUUUUUCUCCUUCCCCUGAAUACAGUGGUUUCUUGGGACGCGUGCAUAUGGAAGAGUUUUGUUUUUGUUUGUCAAAGUCUGAGAAGACUGAACGGAACGGAGCAGAGGAGGAGAACUUGAGUGCGUAUUUAUGUGAGAAUAAAAGGACUCGCAUGUCAGCCCCUCCUGUCCUGUGUGGGGUGUGUACUGUAUGUAUUAUGGACAUGGGGAAAAGGGAUGGGACGACUCCAAGAGACAGGGUUCUGCUCUCCAGAGGAAGUCCAGAGCUCUCUGGCAAUACUGUUGGACUCUACAUGGACUCCUGUGUGCCUUUGACUUUCCACUCAGCUAAAGCAGCCACGCGUACAGUAGUUGAAGCCUAGCUUACCAGUCACAAUACACAUACCAACCUGUUAAUGUCGAAUUUGACGUCAGUAGACAGACCAUAAUGAAGUGGUUGUAUUUUUUUUAAUUUUCUAUUUUAUUUGUGUUUGUGCGUGUGUGUGUGUGUGUGUGUGCGUGUGCGUGUGUGUGUGUGUGUGUCGGUUUGAGUCCCACUCACACGUUUAAGAACAACCCCUGUCCAAAAGUGGGUAUGGUUUUUAUUGACAAAGAGAUUAAGUCGCAUCUUGACAAUCAAAGACCAGCUGGGUUUGAUUUGUAUUAUUUUUUUCCAAAUUGCAAUGUGGUAACUGAGUUGCACUAUUCGGACAUAACAGAGUCACACAAAAAUAUACUACAACACAGCAUCAAUAAAAUAUUUGCAAAAUAAUCUGCAAAGCGCAUUUUCGAAAUCAGCAUUAUUUUGCAGCUUAUUCUGGAUGGUAGUCCCAACAUUGUGCCAGAGGGGUAUUUGAAAAAGGCAACAUGCCACCAAAACAAACGUAGUAAAAGUGUCUGACUGUGUCAGCUUUCAUUUGAAAUAAACGUCUAAGGGUUCUCUCAUCAACCCUUAAGAGUGUCUACUACAGUGAUGUCAGGGAGUGGGCAGGGAAUACUUUAUGAAUGCUUUCAUAAAGGCCGUAACGCAAAUGUACAAAAUGUCUGUGAGGACAGGGACAAAAACAACAGGAAUUCAGGUCAGACUUGCAUGAUAUUGAUGAAAUGGUGUUAACAGCUAGAUCAUGUAGUUUGGAGGUGCAGUUCAUCUGUAAAACUACAUAUUUUUUGACAACUGUGUUUUUUUUUGAGGUUUGAUACAAACAAAUCUAUGAAGAAUUGUACUGGCUCCUUGCCUUAAUUUUUUUUCUAAAUUGACAGUAAUGUUGCAUGUAUAUUUUUGUAUUUUCAGAAAAAAUGGUACAGCCACUUAUUAGAGGUUUUGUUUUUUUGGUCUUUAAGACUAGAGCUAUAUUGACGACUGUUAAUUUUGUCCAAGUCAAAAUGGUAAACAAAAAAAGAGAGACAAAACUGCUAUGCACUAAGAACAUGCCUGAUGCCUUUCGAAAAAAAAAAAAAUCAUAACAAAAAAAGACAACCUUGAUGCCUCUAGAUGUAGCAUCUCCUGAGACGCUUCACGUUAGACUAGCAUGCCACACGCCGUAUUCCUAUGACAGAAAUAAAGAGGUUUGCAUUACUGCCUUGUUUUGACAGAAAAACAGAAAUAUAUAUUUAAAAAAAACAGUGCAGGCGUCUUAAAAGAUCAUGUUUGGAUGUGUGUGUGUGAGAGUGAUAGUGUCAGGGUGUGUGUGUGUGAGAGAGAGGUUGUGUGUGUGUGUGUGUGAGAGAGAGAGAGAGAGAGAGAAAGAGAAAGAGAGAGGAGAGUGUGUGUGUCUGAGAGAGAGAGAGUGUGUCAGGGUGUGUACAUUGUUGUGUUCUUGAGUGUUCCUAUUCAGUAGACUGUAGAUAUUUUUUUCACUUUUGUUGAAUUUCAAUAUUGAGAAAAGCACACAAAUCCAAGAGGCUAUGCAAGAUAAAAAAUCGGCAACUUGAUUUGGGGCGGUACUCGGCGCACAUCAGGUGAAAACGGGACAGUGGAUUUGGAUUUCUCCUCUGCUUCUCGGCAUGUACCCAGCUGAAUGGAAAGCCCUUUACAAUAAUAAUAAUAAUGGUGAAUCACAAUGCCACCGCCCGUCAAGUUAUUUAAUUUAAAACUAUCAAUCAAACAUACUGUAGGAAAGCCUUAACUCGUGUUUGAAGUACAGAUUACUGAUUUUGGUGUAAACCUUUUCGGAUAAAAUUUAAGGACUGGUUCUGUUUGGGUCAACUGAGGCAGGAUGUCAGUGUGGAAGCAGGACUGUUUGUUUCUAGUCAGUCCUUGAUGUCUAUGACGAGACCAGUCUCAGCAACAAGUCCUUUCCUUUCAAGAAACCAAAGACCGAACAACAAUGUUCCCAUUUUUCAUGCUGGUAACAACAGACGUUAGAACUCUAUUUUUGAUACUUUAAAGUGGAUGUCAUUCCUAAAGGUUGGUGAUAUAUAAAUAUAUGUAUGCAUAUAUAUUAUAUAUCUAUAUAUAAAAUGUUUUGUAAAUUUAAAGGGAAAUACAGGUUAGCAAAUGUUUACGGAGCCUUGUAUUGUCAUUUCAUGUACAUUUUGUAUUUUAACAUUUUGUAAUUUUUAAGACUGCAGUGCUUUUUGAAAUUAUUCAAAGGGAAUACCUUGCAUUGUAGGCUAUUCUAUGGUAAUGUAUCAAUAAAAGGAAAAUCCCCAGUUAUUCUUGUUUGUGUCUUUUUGAUUAGAUAAC